CAAAAGAUACUGUAUAAAGACAUAAAUGUUAAAAUUGUAGAACAGUAACAGUAGAUAGCAAACAUUGGGGAUAUUUGAGCCUGUGUCGCAGUCGAGUACAGAAUUUUUUAUAAGUCCGAGCUUGGUGGUAGCACAUGCCUGUGUCAUAAUACAUAUCCAAUGAGACCCCGCCCUGUCCACCGUGUCCUGGCCGUCACUCUCAUCCGCCCGUACAGUAGCAGUCGCGCCUUUUCGCGUGGUUAGCUUCCAUGGCGACCAACUAGAAACGUCUUUUCUCAGGUCGGUCAGCCGGCUAGCUCCAGAUAGAGAGCUAACGGGCAUAUUGUGCAAUGGGAUGAUGUAGAGGAGUAACUCUUUGGAUGAACUGCGCAGUAUCUUAGCAUGCUAAGCUAACGUAAAACCGAGCACAUUUGCCAGGAGAAACUAGCCAGUUAACUAAGUGCACCGAGCUAACGGCUCAGAGCUAACGCAGGCUAGUACUAGCGGUUCGCCUGCAGGCGACUUUUGCUAACCAGCCGACGCAGCCGCCGCUAGCUGACAGGAUGGAGGACCUGAAGGAUAACGAGUCUGGGGUGCUUUUAACUUCGUCAGCAUUACAGGGGACACUUGAUUCUAGCGGUGACAACUCCGUGAAGCCAAGUGGGUUAACACCGCUGUCCGCUGGAAAGAGACCCUCCAUCGGGGAGGAUGGCGCUGGGGGCGCAGAGGCGAAACUCUUUGGGAAGGGACUUGCAGCCACCUCCCUUCUCCAGAUUGCAAUAAGGAACGGCAUCUAUCAAAACCAAGUUGCCAACGCUAUGGGCGGUGCAGGCAAAAACAUGCCUGUCGUGAAACCAGCCAACAUGUACUGUCUGACAUCAGCCAGCAGCAGCACUUCGGUCAACUCUUUGCUGAGCAAGAGGCGGCAGAGGCACAAGAGGAAUCUGUCGCUGGGGGCUGCGCCGACCAGCUUCUCGCCCGGGGUGUUAUCUGCGGAGGCCACCAGCCCCGCUCCCUCCGCCUCCCCGCUGAGCACCCUCAGCUUGGACAGGAAGACUUUUCUCCGGCAGAAACAGUCAAAACAACUUCAGGCCUCUGAUAAAGCGUGGGUGAGAUCGGACCUCCGGCGGGGCUGUAUCCACGUCCAUGACUGGCUCACGCCCUCCUACCCGCGGCCAGUGCUGUGCACAGUGGACACCACUGCUGAAGAGGUAGUCAGGAAGCUGGAAGGGAGCAAAGCUGGGGCUGUGUUGAGAAUUAACUGCAAAAAUACUGCUUCUGUUGGCUUAAACGAUAAUUGUAAUGAUAAUAAUGGAAAGACUGAUGAUAUGAAAAGUCUGAGUGGCAGCAUGGAGGUGAAAAACCCCACUGAGGAGAAUGAACACACAAAGCAGUUUUAUCCUGAGACUAAACUGUCUUCUGACUUCUUGGACGAUAAAAACACAAGUAACUCUUCAUCUGAGGUCUGUCUGAAUGACAUUGGGGUGGAUUUGAGUUAUGGAGUCUACUCAGGUUCAGAUAUGGAGAGCAGCAUCUGUGAGGACUUCAGCCCAGGUGAACCCAGAAACACUGAGCACAGGGACUCACUCAGUGAUGGGCUAGGUAUGGAUACCUCCUCGGUGCUGAGCCCAGACUGCAACAGAGCCAUAGAGGGACCUGACCCAUUUGAGAGCUCCUCAGAUGAAGUAGAUCUCACCUCUUCUCCGACACACUCAACCGACAGCUCGGCUGCAGACCAGCAAGGAGACUUGCCCACCACCACUGCAGACCACUUCCCUGCCUCCAGCCAAGUGACGAGAGCAGUUAAUGACACUGAAGCUGGAGCUGGGAGUAACAUAGAACCCCUCACAUUAAACAAAAAUCCAUCUAAAUGCCCCAGCGGCUCUCAGGCUCUGCCCUUGCCCGGUCAAGCAUCUGCCCAGCCUGACCUAGAGAUCCCUGGGGGGAACAGGGGAUGGCUGGAGCCCAUCAAUACUAGUCCAAUCCCGGCCCUCUUUGUCCAGCUGCAUGGUGGAGCAGUGCGGCGGCUAGGAGAUGACGAGAGGCCUCUGCAGAUGCUGAACAAAUACCUUGUUAAUCUGGGGUUUGAGGAUGCUUCCAGGGUGCAGGAGGAGGGGAUGAAUCCGGAAAUAGGUUGCCUGAUUCGCUUCUACUUCGGUAAGCCUCGCAGUGUGGGCGGUUCUGAGCGCGUGCAGCUUUCUGGGAUGUACAAUGUUCGGAAAGGGAAGCUGGCGCUGCCAGUGAACCGUUGGUCGAAGCGCCAGGUCACACUGAGUGGAACCUGCCUCAUUGUCUCCUCUGUGAAACACGCCCACACUGGCAAGAUGCACAUUCUUCCUCUCAUCGGGGGCAAGGUGGAGGACGUGAAGAGGCACAGCCACUGUCUGGCUCUCAGCUCAGCUGGUCCUCAGAGUCAGACCUACUACAUCAGCUAUGACUCGUACACAGAGCACCUCCGCUGGCACAGGACAGCCUCAAAGAUCGUGUCCCAGAGGGUGAACUCAGUCGACAUGUCGUGCUGCAGCCUGGAGGAGCUGCCCGCUCAGCUGUUUUACAGCCAGGACCUCACCCACCUCAAUCUCAAAAACAAUUUCAUGUCCCCGCACAAAGGUGUUCCAGCACUCACCAGGUUUUGUAAAUUGAGAAGCGUCAGUCUGUCAAAUAACGCUCUGUCAGAGUUUCCCCUGGCCUUGUGUGACAUCGGCUCUCUUACGGAGUUAAACUUGUCUGGGAAUCAUCUCUCGUCUCUGCCUGCAGAAGUAGGAACCGUGCACAACCUGCAGACUCUUCUCCUGGAUGGAAACUUUCUGAGCGCUCUGCCUGUGGAGCUGGGCUAUCUGGAGGGCCUGACCUACCUCGGCUUAUCCUUCAACCGUUUCAGCUGUAUCCCCCCUGUCCUGGAGAAGCUCAAAGGCAUGGAGAGACUGUGCCUGGCAGGGAACCAGCUCUGUGUCCUGCAUAUGGCCUUUCUGCAGUGGCUGCCCUCUCGCUACAUAGAUCUCAGACUGAACCCACUUCAAAAAGUGACUGUGGGAGACUCAGAGCAGCUGGUCCACAUCAUCCAGCUGGACCUAAGGGAUACUGGUCUACUGGAGCUGGAUGCCAGGCCUCUCUGUAGGCUGGAGCUGCUUCGCUGUGACAGAAAUGCACUAUCUGUCCUCAGAGUCAGUGGCAAUGCCCUGAAGAGUCUGCAUGCUGCACACAACGAGCUGAAGCAGCUGGAGGUGCAGCCCGUGCCAGAAAACCUGACACUUCUGGAUUUGUCUUGGAACAAGCUCAGCUGUGUCGCGGACUGGGUGUGUGAAAGCAGCCGACUGGAGGUGUUGGACAUCAGCCAUAAUUCUGUUACUGAGCUGCCAGUAUGGCUGCUGUCCAGUGGGAGCCUGAGAAAACUGCUGGCAGGGUGGAACCAAGUGUGUCAGCUGGCUGAGACGUUGGAGAGGUCACAGCUGGAGGUCCUGGACCUCCAACACAACUAUCUGACAGAGCUGCCACACAACCUGUUCAUCAAAGCACAGAGCCUGAGGUACCUGAAUGUAUCGGCCAAUAGGCUGGAGAGCCUCCCUGCAGCCAGCCUAUCAGAGGAUAGCUUCAGCAGCCUGGAGGAGCUGUACCUGACCAAUAACAGCCUGUCAGACAAGAGCAUCCCUCUGCUGACAGGGCACACACAGCUCAGGGUGCUUCACCUCGCUUACAAUCAGCUGCAGACCUUCACCACAAGUAAACUGGCACAGCUGGAGCAGCUGGAGGAGCUGGACCUGAGCGGCAACAGGCUGAGGGCCGUGCCCACCACCAUCCUCAGCUGUCAGCGCAUGCACACACUCUCUGCCCACUCCAACUACAUCAACACGUUCCCCGAAGUCCUCCAGCUGCCUGAGAUCAAGUGUGUGGACCUGAGCUGCAACGAGCUAACUGAGGUCACUCUGCCAGAGACGCUUCCUCCAAAACUGCAGGAGCUGGACCUGACAGGAAAUCCCCGCCUCAACCUGGACCACAAGAGCCUGGAGCUGCUCAAUAACAUCCGCUGCUUCAGAGUUGACCCCUCACCCUCUGCUCCACGUGUGAGUGAGAGCCACGGGGCCCCUGCAGUGUGGAGCCACGGCUACACUGAGGCCUCUGGAGUCAAAAACAAGCUAUGUGUGGCUGCUCUGGCCCUGGACAGCUUCUGUGGGACUUGUGAAGCUCUGUAUGGAGUGUUUGAUGGAGACAGGAAUGUGGAGGUGCCUUACCUACUGCAGUGCACCAUGGGAGAUGUACUAGCAGAGGAGCUCCACCGUUGCCAGAGGCAGGAAGACUACAUGAUUAACACUUUCCUUACCAUGCAAAGGAAGUUGGGCACAGCAGGCCAGAGGAUGGGCGGCUCAGCAGCUCUGUGUCACAUCAGACAUGACCCGGUGGCUCCUGGUGAGCACAGCGGCUGCUUCACUCUGAAGGCUGCCAACGUGGGCAGGUGCCAGGCUGUCCUGUGCCGAGACGGCAAAGCUAUGCAACUCUCGACCAUCCAUACUGUGAAAGAGGAGUUGGAGUACCAGAGGGUCCGGCAGCGUAAUGCCAUCAUCACAGAGGACAACAAGGUCAGUGGUGUAACCGACUCUACCAGAAUCAUGGGUUACUCCUUCCUGUUCCCCUCUGUGACCCCCCGACCUGAAGUUUCCACCGUGACACUCACCCCGCAGGAUGAGUUCUUUCUCCUGGGCAGCCGGGGACUGUGGGACAUGUUGUCUCCCAGUGAGGCGGUGGAGGCUGUCAGGAACGUGCCAGACGUUCUCGCUGCUGCUAAGAAGCUGGUGACGCUGGCUCAGAGCUAUGGCUGCUCUGACAGCCUCAGCGCUGUCGUCGUCCAGCUCAGUAUUACUGAAGAUUGCUGCUGUUUUUGUGAGCCACCACCUCCACCUCCCAGCCCUGGUCUUGGCACACACACCAGCACAAACCCCUACUUGGCGAGCGCUGACGGGGGUAUACCCCUGCCACCGGCCUCCUCAGGAACAGUCAGCGAGCUGAGCAGUGAGUUCAGCACAUCUGAGAUGAGCAGCGAGGUGGGAUCCACGGCAUCCUCUGAGGAGCCGCCGUCUCAGACCGAGCCCCUGACGUCCCACUCGAACCUGCCAGGACGAGCCAGCUUACGGAGACCCACCUGUGGAGUGGGGAGCUUCCAGAGACAAUUCUCUGGAGCUCUAUCUGACAACGGGCUGGACAGCGAGGAUGAGGAGCCCAUUGCCGGUGUCUUCUCUAAUGGCAGCCGUGUGGAGGUGGAGGCUGACGUCCAUUGUCUGCAACGCCACAACUGCCCGGCACCCCAAACACACACUCAUGCUCAACCAAGCACAAACCUCCCUCCUGCUGUGGCCUCACAUCAUGAGCCCUCAUCUCACACCUUCUCCUCUCUGUCUCCUUCCCCUUGCCUCAGCGGGGAAGCCCGCUCAGAGACUUUGGGCCGCAGAGCUCGAGCCAAUGGCUCUGUAGCCUGCAAUGGGAGGAGCCAGGACCUUAUAGAGGAGGCGGCCGACACCCCCGUCAGGGACUACUUCAACGCUCCCGCCCAGCCGGACCCAGACGACCAGCUCAUCAUCCCGCCAGAGCUGGAAGAGGAAGUGCGACAGAUCAUCCAGCAGCAGCAGGAGCAGAUGCAGACACACAACCAGCAAGCACAUGGCUACCAGAAGCCUGGAGACUACUUCAUCACACCCCUAUAACUCCUGCCCCCCCUUCACAGCAGCUGGGUUCUUAGCUAGGGUCUCAGUUUCAGGGAUGGAGAACUGGACCGUCAGUCUCGAUGCUCAGCGCCACAGUCUCUAAAAACCUCAGUGUCUGAACACACUUAUGCACCAGAGACAGUCUUGUUAAGGUUUUUGUUAUUGACUUUAUUUUCUACUGUUAGUUCUUGAAAUGCAGUGCAAUUUUUAUAACACUUAAUGUUGAUUAGCUCUUCACGUGAUUGAUUUUUACCAUAGCUUUAAUUUGAGGAAGCGCUUUGAAUGCUUUUAUUAGACCUUUGAGAUGAGUCCUAUGGUAAAUGGUACCAUUGUGUUUUUGUGUUGUAACUUUCUGACACUUCCUCUGUUCGUCGUCACUGAUGGGCCUUAGUGUCUCAGGAGUUACUGACCUGUUGAACUAACUCCUAGAAGUUUAAUACUUUAAAGUGACCUAGUCACUGCAGCGUACUAAUAUUCUCUGAGAGAAAAGACAAUUAUUUCUAGCGGCUGAUGUUCCAGGUUUGUGUUCUCGUGGGUUUGAAGAGUUCAGGGUGGAGCUGCGGUGGUGAGUGCACGCUGGUCAGUUACUAGUCAGUGAAUGUUCUCAGAAUAGUGUUACAGAUUAUGGCAAAUCGCACAAGAGAGCUACUUUUGCUAUAUAAUAAAUUAAAGUUUUCAGAUAAGCACAACUUGACUUUGACUUCUUGAGGAGAGGCGAAGGAUAAGUCUAUAAUGAUACAACCUAUUAUAUCC